AUUCACAACCAUUCAUUGCACCGCUCAUCGUCGGCAACCGCGGCCGGGCAUUCACGUCGUUCCACACACAACUGACGACACGCAUACACGUGUGUCCACGCGAUCACAAAUCGCAUUGUUUCUACCGCGACACUGCACCGUUUGCCUGUCCACCACGAUGGCCAAGUACGUAGCAGCGCUGGUGUUGGCGGUUACCGUCGCCGCGGCUCUUGCGGUCGAACAGACAGUGCUGUCCCCUGAACAGCAGCCACAGCAGCAGCAGCAGAACAGCGCCGACGAAGGCGUCUCCUGGGCCGAAGUGAUCGCGUGCUACAAGAAGCCUCAAGCGGCCCUCGGAUGCCUGGAAUCGCGCAUGAGUCGCGCCAUGGUGUCGAUGCGCGACACGGCCGUCGGACUGGCCCACAGCGACCCGGACACCGCGGCCGAGGACGUGGCCGGCGUCGGAGAUCUGGUCCAACAGAUCGGCGAUUUCAUCACGUACGGCAUUUCCAGUUACUUCAACGGCGGCGACAACGGCGGCGGUGGUGAAGAAGACGAGACCUCGGCGCCGUCCGCCGGCGGGUCACCCGUCAACGCCCCGAAAGACCUCGACCAAGGCAGAGGACAUCAUAAGAAGAAAAAGAUCCAAAAGGAAAUCAAGAAAUUCGUGUUGAAAGUUUUGUUUGGUAUCUAUCUGUUCAAGCAAAAGAUCAAGAUGAUCAUUAUGACAAUCCAAUCGAUAUUGAUGAGCAAGUUCUUAGUCAUCGCAAUGAUCUACGCCAUUUCCAAUACCUUCAAGAUAUGGUACGAUAUCAAGUGGGGUAAGCACGGUCACCACGACAAAGUUGUGUACUACGAGAAUGCUCACCACCAACACCAUUACGAGCCACCAGAGCACGGAGAGUAUGAUGACCAUCACGACCAUCACGGUUGGGGAAGUAGCAUUUGGGGUAGGAGUAUUGUGGCCACCGAACCUUCGGUAAUAGAACCAUCUAAUGGUGGUUCACCUGGUUCUCAAGAUGGUAUCAGCCGUUAUAUCAGACGUGUGUCCAGGACCGCGCCACCCCAGGCUGGAGCACAACCCAUGGCCUAUAAAGCUCAAAUUCCGAGUCAAUAAACAGCCACACUUUCCAAUUUAUCUUCACCCUAACCAAAACUAGAAAAUAUUAGGACAUUUUUUUUAAAUAUCGUUAUUUUUCUAACUAUUACAUUAUCUGUAAACUACAAAGAGUGACGAGUGUAAUACAAUUUAUAAUUGAAUAUGCAUUCGUCGAAGGCUAAUUAUUCAGAAGGAUGAGCCGAUCACGGGAAUCGGCAAUCUUAUAGACAAACUCUUUCGUCUGACUAUAUAAAUCAAAAGACGUUAUGAGGAAACAUUCUUAUUCUAUGGAAAGUAAUUUUCCUGUAAUUCCUAUACUAGGCCAUAAUAUUAUCAUUAACUUGUAUGCACUCCUUAUUUAUUAUAUAUCAUACUUUUAUUUAAUUAGGAUCGUAAUCAUCCUUAACAAAAUAAAAUUAAGAUUAUAUAUAGUUUGACAACUCAUUAGUCUGGUCAGUUAGAUUAUAUUUAAUAAUUAAUUUUCGAAACUUAUAGUUUUAGUGUAAAAGACUUUUGUUUGUUUACUUAAUUUAAACUAAUAUAUUGCACUUAAAUUAAUGUUAAAACAGUUAGUUUGUCGUUUGUAUGAUAAUCAUGCACGUCGCAUACCUAUACGCAAAUAUAACAAGCAUGACAUUUACGGGAUAAAACCUGGCCUAAGAAAUUGCUCAAUAUUUUUGGUUUCAAUAACAAUAGUUAAAUGUCAAUCAAUGUAUUAAUUUAAUU